CUUUUAUACAUUUUCCCUCCUCUUUUCAUUUUCCGCUCCAUUUUCAUUCUUUGUUUCAAUCCGAUCGGAUCUGAAAACUCCAUCUUCUCCCCUCUUCUUCUUUCUUUUCUGUGAAACCCUCGGCUUCCCUCCUCUUUCAAAAAUCAUGGGGAAGCAAUCCAAAGCCAAGAGAUCGGAUACUUUCGGGAAAGGGAAAGUGACUCCCGUACAUAUCGCUUUCAUCGUCGAUCGCUAUCUCUCCGAUAACAAGUUCUCCGAAACUCACUCCGUUUUCAGGAACGAGGCCUCUUCUCUCUUAUCCAGAUCUCCCGUUCAAGAGGUGCCGAAGAGCUUACUGAGUUUGGCGACGAUGUUGAACGAGUAUAUAAUUUUGAAAGAGCAGAAGGUUAUGGUGGAUCAGGAAAGGGUUCGAUUGGAGCAGGAAAAUAGUCGGAUCCAGUGUCUGUUGCAGGGAAUGGAAAAUGUCAUGAGAGCUUACAAUGCCAGCGGAAGCCAUCCUACGCCUACAAUUCCUGGUGCUGCUCCUUCUCAACCGCUCGUCGCGGUUCCUCAGUCCUACUCCUUUAGUGGGUCCCCUGCAGGUUUUCCUUUGCACAAAACGCCCAUUAUUCAUCCAGUGUCCAAACCUUCCAACAUCAAUUCUGAACCUGUGAACUUCUUAUCACCAAUUACAAGCCAACCAUCUUCAAAUAAGAGAAAAGUCUCUAAAGUAGUUCUGGAUGCCCCUCCAGCUGCAAAGAAAUCUCGGGGCAAAUUAUCUGCCCAGAAGCCGCCGGCGAAAGAAAUUUCAAGGGCUGGUAGUGCAGAUAAUGCUCAAGAAAGUGCUCAGCCCUCUUGUGCACCUGAGCCAUCAGCCAACAACUGCGCACCCAGUGGAUCAUUGGUUAAUGGGUCAAGUGUGGCAAAGUGUUUGUUCAAUCAGCCUUCACUCUCCAUUCCAACAAAUUCUGGUCCCACAACUCCUCCACGAGCAAAUUCACCUGUAAAUGACAAAUCCAUAUCUCCUCUUGAGGUUACUUCCAUUGCUAACUGCAGUAACAAUAAUACUCCUGAAGAGGGAACCCCAACACGAUGCACUGUAAUUUCAUCCAAAAGAGUGACAGUGAGCCCCUUCAAACAAAUGACUUAUUACAUGGAGAGAAACCAUUGCAUUUCCAGUUCCUCACCGGUCAAGACGAACUUUAAGAGGCAGACUAAGAAAGAUCAUGUCAAAGGGAGGCUUGAUUUUGAUAAUUCUGAUGAACUAAUUAGCUCAGACAGACCAAUUGCAGAAGAGAUUUCUACUUCUGAGUCUGAAAAGGACAUAGAUUUUUUUGACAUUGAUUUGCCUAAUUUAGAUGCCCUUGGAGCGGAUUUCAACUUCACUGAUGUGUUAAAAGAAUUUGAUUUUGAAUGUGAAGGAGCUGGGUAUUCUUGCCAACCAGCCAUAGGUGCUUCUACGCACACUGCUUCAGGGUCACCUCAUGAACCAGUGGAUGAUAAUAUGGGAGUUAAUCAAGUUAUGUCAGAGUUCUCAUCAACCGUGACAGAAGUACUAAAAGAUGUGAAUGUGCAAGGCCCUGAUUCUUUGACCGCAAUGAAGUCUUUCACAAGAUGCAUAAAAAUUAUAAGCCCUGUGAAAAAUCGUGGGACUGUGGAUCAGAAUUCUUCUGCAAGGAACUAACUAGAAUUGGGAAUGAUUUUAAGAUGACAACAUGUAUAACUGCAAAAGAUUUGUAACUAUGUUAACUUGUUCUAAACAACCAUCGCAAGCUGAUUUUGGAAUAUUAAUUUAUAUACUAUAUUCUUUAACGCUGUGUCUAAUCUAGCUUGGGUUGAAGGUCCUAGCCUGUAAAGGUGAUCAUUAUUCCUGUUCCAUAUGUAUCUUAUUUCUCUGAAUAUAUAUAGAUCGGGUAUUGUAUUUUUUAA